AUGAGGAUUUUCCAAACUUAUGUUAGAUUUUUGGGUCAUAACAUUGAGAAGGGUAGGAUUAUCCCCAUUAAUAGAAGUAUUGAAUUUGCAUCCAAAUUCCCCGAUAUUAUUACUGAUAAAACUCAGCUUCAAAGAUUUUUAGGAAGCUUAAAUUAUAUUUCUCCUUUUAUAAAGGACCUUGCUAAAGACACUGCUCUUCUUUAUGAAAGAUUAAAGAAGAAUCCUAAAGCUUGCACUGACAGUCAUACUGAAGCAGUCAAAAGAAUUAAGCAGAAGGUUAAUAACCUCCCCUGUUUAACUCUCGCCAAUCCUACUUGGGCAAAAGUUGUGGAAACUGAUGCCUCUGAUAUUGGUUAUGGCGGAAUACUAAAACAAUGUUCCCCUGUAGAUAAACAGGAAUACCUUGUUCAAUUUUAUUCUGGUAAAUGA